AUGCCUCCCCGACCAGCCCAGAAGAGAUCCGCAACCUCGUCAGAAGCGGGUCCCUCCACCCAACCCUCCUCCAAGAAAACACGCUUCGUCGAGCCCUCCGAAGAUCCCGCCAAAUUCGCCGAAGACGUCGACGCGGCGCUCGAGAACCCGUCUCUCACGCGCAAAGGACGCGUCAAAACCGAGGGCUACGAUUCGGACUCCAGCGAUGACGGCGAGGGCGUAGUUCCCAGUCGACGGCCUGGUGGUGCGGACGGUGGUGAAGGGGAGGAUGAGGAUGAGGAUAUGUUUGCUAUGGCGGAUAAGGAGGAGAAGAAGGGGGAGGAUGAGGAAGGAGGGGGGAAGAAGAAGGAGGAGUAUUUGAGGUUGGGUGAUAUUGAGGGGCAGGAAUUUGGGAAGAGCGAUGAUGAGGACGACGAGGAAGAGCCUGAGGACGAGGAUGAUGCGGAGAGAAAGAAGAAAGUAGGGAUGGGUUAUGAGCUUUCGUCGUUCAAUAUGCGGGAGGAGAUGGAGGAGGGAAAGUUCUCGGCGGAUGGGAUGUACGUCCGGACGUUUGACCCGCACGCGUUGCACGACAAGUGGAUGGACGGGCUGGACGAGAGAGAGAUCAAACUGGCGAAGAAGAGGAAGAAGGAGCAGGAGAAGAAGCAGAGGGAGAGGAUCAAGGCGGAGGAGAAGGAACUGCAGGAGUCUGGCGGAAAGCCGGCCAUGGAGCUCAAGGUUCUUGCUAUGCUCAAGAAGGGCGAGUUCGUCCUUGAGGCUUUGCAGCGGUUGGGCGCGAAAGCGAAGAGAGAUAAGCCAAACGGCAAGAGCAAAUCUGCGAAAGCAAACUUACAUGGGGAGGACAUGCAGGUCGACAAGCCCUCCGCUGCCUCCAAAGCCACCUCCGACAUCGACGAACUCACACACUACGCUUCCGCACUCAUGUCUCUAGGGGACAUCGACAUCUACUCCAAGACGUACGAGGAACUCGUCCGCUCCGUCCGCUCGUCUGGCCAAGUGGAUACAUCGUGGGUGCCACCGUCAGCAGACGUCACCUACGAGUAUAAAUGGGACGUCCCAGGAUCGACGGGCCAGGAUGGGCAGGUUUUUGGUCCGUUCAGUGAGGACGACAUGCGGGCUUGGUAUAAGGCCUCUUAUUUCGGGCCCGCUGGUGAGAAGAUCAAGGUUCGGCCACCAGGGGGUGAAUGGACAGAUUGGGACGAUACGUUUUCAUGA